UUGAAAAAAGAAAGUUACAAAUUUUAGUAAGGUUGGAAGAUAAUAACAAGGAAAAAACAAAACCAGCGACAGAGAUUGAAACGACAGCGGAUCGGCAUGGCCGGCCGCAACAACCUUCCACCGCCGUCAACUUUAACCCGCGCAAUCACCGAACGCCACAUCAUUCCCCACCACCACCUCGAAGACCGAAUCGUCAUCCAACACCGCGAGAUCCAAUCCCUUCUCUUCGACAACCAACGCCUCGCCGCCACGCACGUGGCGCUCAAGCAAGACCUUACCUUGGCCCAGCAAGAGCUCCGCCACUUAUCCGCCGCGGCUGCCAACGUUAAAGCCGAGAGGGACGCUGAGGUGAGGGAGGUCUAUGAGAGGUCACUGAAGAUGGACGCAGGAGCGCGUGCUGUUGAUGCGAUGAGUGCGGAGCUGGCUCGUGUACGGGCGGAUGUACAGAAGUUUACGGUGGAUUGUCAGGAACUAACGGCGCAAUUGGAGACGGUCAACGAUGAGUUAGCCAAGGCAAGAACGGAGGCGAAACAAGUGCCCUUAAUUAUGGCGGAUAUGGAAGCCGUACGGCAAGAAAUUCAUAAAGGAAGGACUGCUAUUGAACAUGAAAAGAAGACACGUGCUAGUAACCAUGAACAACGCCAGAUAUUGGAGAAAAAUAUCAUUAUUGUAGCUCGAGAAAUAGAAAAACUACAUGCCGAGCUUGCUAAUGCAGGGAAGAGAGCAAGGACGGGAGCUACUGCAGCAGCAACAGCAAACCCAAACCCUUCAUAUAAUGGAAACUGUGGAAAUAUUGAUGCCAAGUAUGGAGGAAGUUCGUAUCCCGCUACAUAUUCUAUGCCUCCGGCUGGUGCUGGUCCGCAAUUUGUGCCUGGAACGAUGCCCGCUGUGCAUUUAGAGGGCCAAGGAUCCCAUACACCUAGUGCGAAUCACACUGGUCGACAAUUGGUGUCGGAGGCAGUUUCUAACGUUCCUCGUGAAACCCAAGUAGUUCAUCCAUAGGCAUUUUAAAAUUGUAUAUAAAAUCCAGACGCUGAAAUUUCUUUGGGAAAAUUUUCCAACCGAAAGAGCGAGUUGCAAUAUUUCUUUUGCAGCUGGAAAAGGAUAGAAAAUGUGCACGUGCAUAUUUAUCUGUUGCUUCCAAAAUGAAAAUUUCAAGGUACUGCACUCAGCUUGAAAUCUG